AUGCUUUCACCUUCGACCGUUUAUCACGUCGAGAAUGCAAUUAACUUGGAUCACGAGCACGGCAUCCCGAUGCUACCGGUCACCGUUCCCGAGGGUUCGUCCUGCAAUUUAAAUGACUGCGACACGCAGCAAAUGUCUCUCGGGCGAGGCCAACAACACCGGCUUACCCGCAGCGUGGUCUCGGUUGGUUCAAUCGUCUGCCGAAUAUGUCACACAAACACGUCCAAGGAGCCACUCAUUUCGCCUUGUAGGUGUAAAGGAUCGCUGGCUUACGUUCACUUGGCUUGUUUGGAAAGAUGGUUGAACCAAUCUUGUCGCUCUUAUUGCGAACUGUGUCGUUAUCACUACAAUGUUGUCGAAACACCCCGUUAUCGAUGGCCAGAAUCGUUGAGGAUAUGGAUUAGCCAUCCGAGGAAUCGUAGAAACGUACAGUCAGAUUUGCUUAUCUUCACAUUACUUUCCGUCGUUACGGUGGGUUUGGUAACAGUAUGUAUCUUAGGCAUGCAAUAUUUCGUGAUCGAGGGGAAGAAAAUUGGAAUUUCGAAUCUGUGGACCAGAGGAGCCAUAUGGUUUUUUCUCACGAUCGUCGUGCUGGGUUACAUCACAACGGUAUAUUUAUUGGGAAAAGACCAGUUGUCGCCUUGGUACAGAUGGUGGAAGAGCACCGUGAACGUUAGGCUCAUCAUGGAUCCUCAGCUCUACAGAAGGACGUCCAACGAGUUUCAAACACGCGAGAAUCAGAUAUCCGACAACGUUGUCCUGCAUAAUUCCAGGUUGCCGAAUUUCCUUCGUAUCGAAGUAGGUCUAAGACCGAGUAUGGUACUCUCGUUCCAGGAAUAUCUAAGCUGCAGAGAUAACCGUGGCUGUUUGUACCUCGCCUUGGUACAAAACGUAUGA